UGAACAUGAGGAAAAGUAGCCCUGCGGUCGCUUACUGUCAGACAAAUGAUGUCCAGUACAAAAUCUGACAACAAACCUCAGUUGAUUCUGAUAUUUAGUGGAAAACGUAAAUCUGGAAAGGACUAUGUAACAGAUUUGAUUCAGAAAAGGUUGGGUGAUGAAGUUUGUUGCAUCCUGCGACUGUCUGGACCCCUGAAAGAACAAUAUGCAAAAGAUCAUGGUCUGGACUUCAGUGAGCUGCUGGGAGCAGGCCAGUAUAAGGAGCGCUACAGGGCCGACAUGAUCCAGUGGGGAGAGAGGAAGAGAGAGCAGGAUCCAGGCUUCUUCUGUCGCUUGGCCAUCAGAGAGGCCAGACAGCCUGUCUGGAUCAUCAGUGAUGCUCGCCGCAUGUCGGACGUCCAGUGGUUCUGGCGGGAGUUUCCUCAGGAGUGCCGCUGUGUGCGUGUGGAGGCCUCACAGGAAACCAGGCAACAGAGAGGAUGGAGCUUCACCCCAGGAAUAGACGAUGCCGAGUCUGAGUGUGGUCUGGAUCAGGGUGUGCAGUUUGACUGGACCAUCAGCAAUGAUGGAGAUGACGACGCCUUGAACACACAACUAACACAACUGUUUACACUGGCUGGGCAUAAAUCGGGACACAACAUGAUGGAACAAAGGACCGUCAUAGUGAAUGGCUGAAACGAUCAUGAAUUGUAAAAACAUUUUGCAUAGAAAUUGUAAAUCUCACUUUUUUUAUAUAAAGAGAAUGUAAUAAAGUAUAGUUUAAAUAUUG